CCAUCCCUGUUUCUCUGGCUGUUAUGCCACGCUGGCUGAAUCACGUGUUUUAACCAUCUUUUUUCUCCGGAAGUUGAAUGUGUAAAUAUCCUUUUAAAUUUGCUGAGCAAUGAUUAGAGGAUGGAUGGAUCUGCUUCCUUUUGUGGCAAGUGCUGCCACAAUUUGCCAUCACGAUGCAACUCCGUGAUACGCACCGUGUUGUUGCUGACGGUGCUGCUUCAGAGCACAGAUGUAGAUGCUCUCCGGGUGAUUGGUGGAAAUGCGACAGUGGUUCAAGGAGGUACCGCUAUCCUACCGUGCCACGUCAUUGAUACCAAUGAUGACCUGACACAGAUUACCUGGCAGAGGAGGACUAGAGGAAAACCUGACUAUGACAAUUUUCUUACUAUCGUACCCAAAGAUGGACCAUUGUUUGUCAAUGGAGGUGAUGAUCGAUUUAAAUAUAUUGGAAAUGUUAAUGGAAAAAAUGGAACGCUCCAGUUAUCCAAUGUUGCCCUGAAGGAUGAAGGCAGCUACAGGUGCAUCUUCACCUUGUUUCCCAGUGGAAAUCAGAAGACUGAGAUUCCUCUAAAUGUAUUUGUGCCUCCUUCCACAAGCGUGGAGGACAAUCUUCCCACUUUGGGUACAGAAGAGGUUUUAUUUGCUACCUGCACGGCUGCUGGUUCGAGGCCUCCUGCAGAGGUGAGGUGGCUCACUGGUACUUUGGCAGAAAAAGUGAGGACGGCAACAAACUCCACCCAGUACGACAACGGUACAGCCACCACAGUCAGCUCUCUGUUUGGUGUACCUACGAGAGAGAUUAACGGUCACCCGGUCCAGUGUGUCAUCAGCGGUGACUCCCUGUCUACAGAAGUAACCCUGCCCUUCACCAUACAGGUCUACUUCUCUCCCACAGAAGUGAACAUUAGAGCAAUUUCAGAGGACUCGUUUGAGUGUGUGACAGAAGCCAACCCAAAAGCAGCAUUUACCUGGAGCAGAGCUGGCCAGUCUUUGCCAGAGUCUGCUGUCAAAGUUGAGGGUGCAACGCUACAACUGCUGAGUCAGACCUCUGAUCUAAAUGGCCUCUAUCAGUGUGAAGCAUCUAACGCAUAUGGAAGAAAACACACUAAGCUCUAUGUGCAUGUGGCAUCAGGAGCCUGCUCUGCUGCUUGGGCCCUAUUUGGCGUUUUACUUUCCCUGAAUGUUGUUGGGGCUGCAGCAUGGUACUUCUAUAAACCUGGAUGUUUUCCAAGUUUGGGGGAAUUUUGGCAGAGUGUACCAAUAAAUGAACCACACAUUGACAGACCAGAGCAAGGAGAACAGGAGGGUCAGGUAGAGGAUCCCAUGUGACAGCUGCGGAAGCCAAAAAUGGAAAACGUGUUUGAAGGCACCACCAACAUGUCAUUCCAGAGUCAGCUGUUAAAUGAACACAUGAGGACAACACAAGCUGACAGCUCUCAACUGUUUAUAUAGACACAAGGUUAUGAUGAAGUGGAGACAGAGAAGUAGCACAGGCACACACAAUCAACACAAUGAGGGAGUAAAAUUAAGCACAAUACAUGAAGCAAUGGCUUAAAAAUAAAACAGGAAGUGACAAACAGCAACUAAAACAGGGCAACACAGAACUAAACUAAGGAUAGGGGAAUUGACACAGAAGGAAAAACCAGGAAACACUGAGGGAAUACAGUAAACACAACAGUAACUGUAAUGAAACACUGAAAACUGCAAACACUAAGGACGUACACUUCAUAAAAGUCUGCCCAGGUAAGACAGAUGAACCAUCGUGAAUCCAUUUCACCUGCUUUGGUACAAAUGAAAGUAACAGCAUGUGCACUGGAGAGGUAACAACAAAACAACGCUUCAAACAGGGAAUGGGUUUGUGUGUGAUGCCUACAUACCCCUCCAUGAAUCACUACCUUAUCGAGGUGGAGGGGUUUGGGCACCCUAGUGAUCCCAGGAGCUAUGUUGUCGGGGGCAGUUACCCCCCCUGGUAGGGUCUCCCAAGGCAAAUUGGUCAUGGGUGAAGGGUCAGACCAAGCGUGAUUCAAACGACUUCUACCUUGAUAGCAUCUUGGUUACUGGGGGGCAUCCUGGAGCCAGGUUCAGCAGUGACCAGUCUAUAAAUAGUCCAUAAAUGUAUUCCUUUGCACCAGUGCACUGCUAAUUAAUACACUAAUUGUUUCAUCAUUAGGUUUUUUUUUCCCAACAGAUUUGUCAUUGACUCAAGUACUGUGUGGUAGAUCAGUAGGUGUUCUGUGCGAUGAUGUUAGUAUAAUGUUGUCAUGUUUAAGGUAUAUGUUUAAUUGUAUUCCAUGUUUUCAUGCAUUCAGUUUAUAUUCUGAAUUAUUCUGACUGAAGUUUUUUUUUUUUCUCAGGUCUUGUUGACUCGUAGUUUCCACUGUCCAUAAAAAAAGUCUUGUUUCAGUGUUUAUAAUCUUAUAUGGUUUUGGACCAACCAGCAGAUUUAUCAACAGUUAUAAAUCUUUAUUUAUUCAACAAUACCUCUCUUUAUACUGUAAAGGUACACUCACAUAGUUUACAAGAGUUGCUGUAACUGCUUCACCUUACAAAGUGAGCAAAAACAGGAUCCCUGACAUGUUCAGUAUCAAAGGUCAAAUUCUUGUUUUCACAGAUCUGUGGUUUUCCUAUCUGUAGUUUAGGUCAACAUAUUCUAUAUUGCCAAAAGUAUUUGCUCAUCUGUUCAGAUACAUACAGUACCAGUCAAUAGUUUAAUGUCCAAACUUUUCACUGGUACUGUAUGAACUUAAGUGACAUCCCAUUCUUAAUCCAUAGGGCUUAAUAUGAUGUCAGCCCACCGUUUACAGCUAUAACAGCUUCAAUUCUUCUGGGAAGGCUUUCCACAGGGUUUAGG